CACUCGCUCCCCUGCCCUCUCCCAUCUCCUCUUCUCCUCCGUCGCCGCCUCGUUCCAAGGGUCCUUCCUUCCCUGCCCUAACCGGACCCCACCCACCGACCGCUCCUCCCUGCUGGAUUCCCGUUCCGGCCAGUGCGGCACCGACCCCUCGCUGGAUACGCGGCACCGGCCAUGGCGGGAGGCGGCGGUCGGAGGGACGCGGAGGCCGCCGUGAGGAUCGGCAGCGGCAACGUGUUCGCCGCGCUCGAGGCGCUCAAGAAGAAGAAGAAGAAGAAGCCGCCUUCCGCGUCCUCGUCCGCUCCGGGGCGGAAGGUGAACGGGACCAAGAAGCCCGCCGCGCCAGGGAAGGGGGAGGAGAACGCGCCGCGGCCGCCGCCGGAGGUUUUCUGGGCGCCCGCGCCGCUCAAGUCGAAGUCGUGGGCCGACGUAGAGGACGAGGACGACGACGACUACUUCGCCACCACCGCCCCUCCGCGUCCCGUCUGGGAAACCGCCUCCGCCGCCGCGGACGGCAAGGCCGGCGCCGAGGAGGAAACUGAGAGUGAAGAUGAUGGUCUUGAUGUUGACAUGGGUGAUGAUGAGCUAGAGGAACCCGAGCAUGGACAUGAAGUUGAUGUACCAUCUGAACCUGAGGUUAAAGAAUCUGCUCCAGUGCCUGUCCAUUCUAAAGACACAGAAAAGCAACUUUCAAAGAAGGAAUUGAAGAAGAAAGAGCUUGCAGAACUAGAUGCUGUUCUGGCCGAGUUGGGGAUUUCUGAAAAUGCUACACUGGCUGACGUCACUAGUAAAUCUGAAAGAAAGCCUGAUGGACAGAAAGGAGAUGGGGAUAAGAAGGGUCUUCCUGUACCAUCAGAAAGCAAGACUUCAAAAAAGAAGAAACUAAGGAAGGAGAAACCAUCGAAGGAUUCCAAAGAGCAGCCCAAUGAAGUGGAUUCCAGCAAGGACCAUGGAGGGGCGGCCGAUGAUACAAAGUCUGGAGAGGAAGCUACCGCUGUGGACUUGAAGGAGAAGAUGAAGAAGAUAGCUGCAUCGAAAAAGAAAAAAUCAAGCAAGGAGGUGGAUGCUGCCGCCAAGCACGCUGCGAUGGAGGCCGCCGCUAGGAGUGCGAAGCUCGCUGCUGCAAAGAAGAAAGAGAAGAGCCACUACAACCAACAGCCCGUGCGAUAGACCGCCUUCAUCUCGAGCUUCAGUAUAAGCAGCGCGCUUGUUGGAUCCAUUUGCAUCACGCGAUGCAUCUUGCCUUGGCAACAAGUAGUGGUGCUCUCUCUGCUUGCUUCAGAUUACUUAACAUGAGUAUAUGGACCAUACCUGCUGUCAUUUCUGUUGGAGCCCCAUUUUCACCUCUGGUAUGGAGCCUAUCAACACUAGUGGUUAAUGAACUUCCAGUUGUAUUAUCACCAUGCACAGUUUAUAAUCGGUAAGCUAUCAUUGUGCUA